UCCGCCUCCACUUCCCCGCUCCCCCGUGCCGGGGCGGGCAGCUGUAAACAAACAGGGCGGCGGGUCAUGGCGGCGGCUUUGGGCCGCGCUGGGGGUCUGUGAGUGUCGGUACCCGCCGGGGCGGGGGCAGGCGGCUCCGGUGCGCUCCCCGCGCAGGGGCUGUGGCUGUGCGGGGUCGGGGCUGGCGGCACACAUGGAUGACAGCAAGGUGGUUGGAGGCAAGGUGAAGAAACCAGGCAAGCGAGGGCGUAAACCAGCCAAAAUAGACUUGAAGGCAAAACUCGAAAGAAGUCGUCAGAGUGCAAGAGAGUGCAGAGCCAGGAAGAAGCUGAGGUACCAGUACCUGGAAGAGCUGGUUUCAAGCAGAGAGCGAGCCAUCUGUGCUCUCAGAGAAGAGCUUGAAAUGUACAAGCAGUGGUGCAUGGCGAUGGACCAAGGGAAAAUCCCCUCUGAAAUAAAAGCUCUGCUAACUGGGGAGGAGCAAGGCAAAGCACAGCAGAACUCAGCCAAACUUGCCAAGGCUGGGAAGACAGAAGCAAACAGCAGCAAUCCCUAAACAACGUGAAAACCACAUUUUUAACUGUAACAAUCUUCCCCCAUGGUGCAUCAUUCACAGGAGGCCAAUGCAGAACCUUCCGCACUGCAGCAGCGAUAGCUUGGUAGCGGGCAGAAGAACGCUGUUGUCAGAGAAGUGGAUGCAUCCCCAGGUGCAGGGGGAAGGAUCCCAGUCCGCUGUCUUCUCUUUGCUACUCCUCACAUGAAACUCUUUGAUUGUGGUGUUCCUAAGCCUGUGUGGAGUGGGGUUUUGGGGUAACAGGUGUUUGUGUAAGCAGAGCCUUGUUCUUCCUUUCUCUAAACCACCCUCCCCAAAUACAGCUAUGACAGCUUUUGGGCAUUCCCAAUAAGAGAUGGGGGCAGGUUUUGUUAUUAGGCUGCCUUUGCGGUCAGUAGUUGCGUUGUGGGAGUCUGAGAGGUUCUGUAAAACAAAAGCGAGAGGAGAAUCUCGUAACAGCUUUGCUAAAACAGAAUAGAGUACUGUAGGUCAAGGAGAAGGAACUGGAUCAAAAGCUUUGAGUAAGAAGGUUUAUAGUAAUGUAAUUUCUAACCUGAAAGAUGUUGCUUUCAGUAUCCUUUUAUAAUAUAACACAUCUUUUACGUUACUGGGACUCGUAAGGAGAGGUACUAGAUCUAUUCCCUGCUUCUGCCCAUAACUACUUUUGCAAGAUGUAUUUCCCAUCGCCCAUGCUCCUGGUAAGACAGUCAAAGGAUAUCCUUCCACCUUGCUUCCAGCCGUGGAACAACUGCAGGUUCCUCCAACCCGUUGUGCCCUGCUGUCUUUAUCUACCUACACUUUGGGCCCUGGUAUCUUUCUAGCCUGCAACUUAACAUGAAUUCUGCUGUGCUAUCCCGGCUUCCCAGGCAGGGAUAACGCCAAGAACUGGUAGCAAGAACAGGUUGUGUCAGUUUGGUUUUAUGAUGAGAGAUGAUGGCAGAAGUCUUGUGGGCUGACUUACUCAUCCCAGAUAUUGACAGAUAACCUGCCACUUUCCUUAGACCGCUCUUUCUCCUGUAUGAGCAGUUUUUGCAUUUAUAUGAUGCAAUGAGGAGAGUGGAGCUCUUGGGAUUUUCAGUGGGGGUUUUGCUUGCUUAUUCUCUGUUUUGUUUGUGACAAUGUUUCUCUGUAUUUUAUGAAAUGCAUGGAAUAUUUUUUUAAUCAUGUUUUCUUCUUUGUUACAUAGAAUAAAUAUUAUAAUGAAUGAC